ACACGGUGUAGGACUAUGACCUGCAUUAGGCCCUCUACCCAGAGCCGUAGGUGCCCUCUAUCCAGAGCCAUAUAUCCAGAGCCCUCAGUGCCCUCUAUCCAGAGCCCACUAUCCAGAUACCUGUCCAGAGCCUUCUAUCCAUGGAUAGAGGGCUCUGCAGAGCCCUCUAUCCAGAGCCCUCAUUGCCCUCUAUCCAGAGCCCCCUAUCCAGAGCUCUCAGUGCCCUCUAGCCAUAGUCCUGUCCAGAGCCCUCUAUCCAAGCCCUGUAUCCAAAGCCUGCAGUGCCCUCUAUCCAGAGCCCUCUAUCCAGAGCCCUCUAUCAGAGCCCUCUGUCCUCCAUCCAGAGCCCUCUAUCCAGAGUCCUAUAUCCAGAGCCCUCUAUCAGGGCCCUCUAUCCAUAGCCCUCUAUCCAGAGCCCUCAGUGACCUCUAUCCACACUGUAAACCCGAACAGUACUACUAACUCAUAACAUUUAGGGUACAGAAAUCAAAACCAGCCACUAAGUCAGGUGAAAAUAAAACCAUUAAGUUCUUUUUACUACUGAGGUUGUUUUAAUUUUGUAUUCAUCAAAGUUUAUGAGUGUAGGAUUAUCUCUAGUUUAUAACUUUUGUGUACAGGGGGACGCAACGUCUGACGUCAUUGACGUCACGACGCUUAGGCUCCGUCUUUUCAUUUUCUCGAGAGUUCAAGAUGGCUACCCGUUCGCGAGAGAGAAGGCACUGCAUGUAAACGAGCAAAACUAGUGAUUACUUAGCUAUUUUUACACAGACUAGUUUGUUUUUUGACUGUCCUUGUCUUGUAUACACUUUAUACGUUUAUUUCUUUUUAUGGAAAAGCCUAUCAUUUUGUCGACGCGGUUUUGCAUUUUGGCGCGUUGACGUUAGCUAAGAGUAACGUUAGCUAAGAGCUAACGUCACGUACACGCAAUGCCAGCAGCCGACGCCGAUUCAACGGUCAUUUUUUCAAGUGUGGUGCUGAUGCUUCUGAUGGUACAGUUUAUUCUUCUGCUAAGCGCUCUUAUCUGGUGAGUAAAAACCUCAUACAUUUUUUGUAAUCUUGUCGGGUGCAGUGGCAAUAUGGCUAGUGUUAAUUAGCCGGCUAAUGCAGACACAUAACGUUGUGCUGUUUGCUGUAUUCUCAGAAGAAGGCCGAGCUCUGCCUUACUAAACACAAGGUAAUAAAAUAUUAGAAUACAUAGUAUAUUUUUUAUUAGAUUUUAGUUAUGACAAUGAAUUAUUCGGUGAAUUAUUCGGUGCGAAAAGCCUAAAAGCCGCUUUCGCACCGAAUAGUUCCAGGAACUAAACAAUAGGAACCAUUAGUACCCAAAUAGUACCGGGACUAUUCUUCCCCUAAAUCUCCCCCAAACUGUUUUCACGUUUGCAUUCGCACCGGCGCUGGCCAGGGGGAACUUGUGGGAGCGGUCAAGGAGCAACGUAGGCGCGGCGACCGGGUUUAAAUUGUCACUCGACUUUAGCGUCACAUAACAAACCAGCAUGGAGGAGAUCAACGGGAGGUUGUUUUUGUUGUGGCUUGCCGGGAUGAUGAUCUCACAUUUCGAACAGCGGCGUUUACAAAAUUGGCCAGAUUACCUAGCAGCGAGACGCAGGAGACGAAGGAUUCUGCUUAAUAUGAUAAUCUCUCAUUUUGUGGACGAGGGAGUAGCAGAGCGCAACAGGCAAAAGAGACGACGUGUCGUCGUCUUCUUCUUCGCCUCUUAAAUAUUGAAUGUUAAAUGUAUAGCUCGCUCUGUGAGGCUACGCUACCCAGCAGGGCUUUAAAACAUGUCGCGCUGCUUGGGAAGGCGGGGCCAGCGGUCGGCAGUGGGCGGGACUUAUUAUUUGGGCCAAUCAACGUAGACCUCGAAACGGGGGUGAAAGGGAGAACCAAAAAGUCCCUGCCUCGAAGUAGGAGCUAAAAUAGUUCCAGGAACUACUGUUUCGGGGGAGAAAAAAUCCCCCAAAAAUCCCCCAAUCGUCUGGUGCGAACGCAAACAAAAAGGUACUAGGAACGUUUAGUUCCAGGAACUACAAAAGGUACUGCCGGUGCAAAAGCGCCUAAAGCCUGGUUCUCACUACUCAGUUUAUGAAUUUAUACAAUGAAGAAUAUCUUACUUUAAUCAGCAGAAAGAUAUAAUGAGGCAACGUAUGAAACUAAGAAUACAAGUAUCCUAAAUGAUAUGUGAGGAGAACUUGAAUAAAUACCACUAAUUAUUUUACAUCUAUAAUAUUUCAGACAUUUGAUUUGUUUUAACAUCCAAUGUAGAGUUUUAAAAGUUAAAAAUAAAUGUGAUGCUGCUUAAAGAUAUAAUUAGCUUGACUUAAACUGUACUGUAUAAUGUGAACAUUUACAAGUACUUCAUACAUUUCACUUGAAUUUACAUCUGUUAUUAUUGCUCUUUCUUUGUAGGCUCAAGUGGAAGGCGAAUGCUGCUGUUCUUCCUUGAGCUUAAAGACAUCGGACUACAGAGUGCUGCUCCGGACACUGCAGCAUUUUCAAGAUCAGUCAUCAAAAAGCUGCUAUUUUUUCGGUCUGUGAGAAAUCAACACAGAAGAUGGCUACUCCCCAGAGAUUUGUGCUACGUGUAUAUGUUGCAACAGAUGUUGCCAUGAAACUUACUCUAACGGAGCGACCAACCUCUGUAGAAGAGCUUAUGGACGUAAUGAAAGAGAAGUUCAGGCCAAGACUGGAUGGUGACUUUACCUUGCAAUAUGAGGAUCCUGACUUCGGCGGUCAACUUACUGUUCUUGCGGAUAUUCAGGAGUUGCCUGAGAAGGGCACAUUGAGAAUACUGAGAUCUGAAAGUGAUGCCACCUCAACCGGAAGUUCCGAUACAGACAUACUCCCACAUGUACCUUUAACACAGCGUCAAAAGAACUGGCCGGAUUGUUUCCCUCUGCCUACUUUUUCAUAUGAAGUGCAGCAUGUACUCGAAGAAGGAAAUGGUGUUUUUGAGAGAUCCAGAAAGAAUGUGAAUUUGACAAGGUCCCAAAAGCACAACAUCCUGGAAAGCAUGGCUGAAACCAUGCACAGCUUCAAACCAUAUCCAAAUGACAGUGAAGUGGGUAAGGCUGCUGAAGCUCUGAUUAAAGCUCACCCGUGUCUCACAGAGUAUGGCAGCAAAAGUGGAUGGUAUGGAUGGAAGGUCUGCUUGAAGUUCAAGAUGGGGAACUACCGUACCAAGCUUGCCAGAGCUGGGUGCGCUGAGGUGUCAGUUAACGCAGGCAGGAGGAGCGUAAACAACCCGGACAGAGAACAUCCCCAUUCAAACAUAAGGAGAGCCAGGCGGGCUGAAGUAAACUUCCUACCCAACUUUCCAAGAGGAGAGAACGAGGCCACUCUGGAACAACUGAAACUUCAAAUCCAGAAAGAGGUUGAAAAGACCGAGAUAAAUCAGACAUUGGUAGACCAGCUAAUGCACACAACCUUUGCCCUUCAUCGGCAAGAUAUUGUUAAGGGUGAUACAUCUGUGCGGGACUUUUUGGAGAGCUGGCCAGCUCUGCGCAUGAAGUCACAGGUGUUUGCCGAGUUCCAUCGCAUCACAAAUGUGAACCUACAAAACCAAUUCUACUGCGAGCUGGAUCGGUACACACCAAAAUUGAUCGCCUUGUACAGGCAGAAGGCCUCACGGUCUGGCAAGACGGCAGAGACUCUGAGGCGGAUCCUAGGGAUUUAUGAUCUCCAGGAACAACGUGAUGUCCACAUGAGACGAACCCUGGCCCUCCAUGCACUCCCAGUGUACUUGCGCGAGGAUGACAGUGAGUUCUUCAAGACUUGCAAUGGGGAAGAUGAGCCAGAUAUUGCCGACACCCCGCUGGCUCUCCUCACUGUGGGCACUACUGGUCACGACAUCUUCAGCCCAAACAGCAUUUGUGUUGUAGUAGAAGAUGACGUUGUUGUGAGUGAUCUUCCAAAGAUGACUGAUGCAUAUGUACUGUUGUUUGGGUUGAUCUAUGCAUUGCAUUUAGACUAUCCAAAGAAGCUUAUUCAAACAUUCACCUUCAUUCAGAAGAUACUGAUGUUUCUCGAUGACAACAAACCACUGAAACCGUGCCUACUGACUUUGAAAAAUGACUUGCUGAGAGAGUAAGCCAAGCAUUAACAUCCACAUGUCUCUGUGAAGCAUGUGAAGCAUCCAGGUUCAUGUUAAAAUAGAUGGAUCCAUUUAGCAAAUGCUCAGUUUUAUUGUUUGUAUUGUUCCAUUGAUUACCUCAGCUCACAAUUUGCACUGUUAGAGAUUGCUUUUUUAAACAAUCCCAGUGGGGGAUCUUGAUUUACUUUUGAUCAUUUUAGGAGAAUUUUCAAAGCACUUUAUUUUAUUUACAGUUGGGUGCAAAUGUAUUCAGCCCCCCUGAGUCAAUACUUUGUAGAACCAAAGAGAACCAGAGAGUAAGCCAAGUAUUAACAUCCAUGCGCUGCAUGUGAAGCAUCCAGGUUCAUGUUCAAAUAUAUGGAUCCAUUUAGCAAAUGCUCAGUUUUAUUGUUCCAAUGAGUACCUCAGCUCACAAUUUGCACUGUUUGAGAUUGCUUUUUUUAAACAAUCCCAGUGGAGGAUGUUAAUUUUGAUUAUUUUAGGGGAAUUUUAGUAUGUAUUUUUAUUUGCACCUUUGAAAGCACUUUAUUUUAUUUACAAUUUGUUUUUUUGCUUAUAAAGGGCUAACUUACAAAUACAGUGCAAGUAUUUCAGAAAGUUUGUCCAAUUGUAAGGACAUUAAUGUUUAUCUCUAAAUAAAACAAAACUUGAAUU